AGAAAGAAGAUGCCAGUCAGGUCUAAGGGUCCGAGGCCAGAACUCUGAUCCCCACGGAUUUCUUGCUUGCAUGAAACUGGACAUCUCGACAUAAAAUUAAGGGUUAAAAAAAAAGAAAAGGAAAAAAAGAAAAGAAAAGAAGAAAAUAUACCCACCCCCAAGAGUGCCUCCCAGCGCCGCAGGGAGCCUCCAGCGAGUUGAGCAUCAGCAGCGCUCUUCCCGCCCGCAGCCGGGCUGGACGCUCUCCGUGGUGCUGAACCUGAACGGCCGCCGCUUUCCGCGGUGCCCAAGCCGCCUGGCUGCAAUUCUCCCCGGGUUCUGCCACCUUGUCCCUCUACUCCCUAGCUCCUUUAAACAUCUGGAUUAUUUUCCCCAGAGGCGCUCUCCGGCUUCGUCGUUGCCCAUCGGAAACAUUUUUGCACCCCCAUAACUCGAGGACUUUACAGCACAAGAAUCUAGAAAAUGUACAGCUUCAACACUCUGCGAUUCUACCUUUGGGAGACCAUUGUAUUCUUCAGCCUUGCUGCUUCCAAGGAGGCCGAAGCUGCCCGCUCUGCACCCAAGCCUAUGUCACCCUCGGACUUCCUAGAUAAGCUCAUGGGGAGGACUUCUGGGUAUGAUGCCAGGAUCAGGCCCAACUUUAAAGGUCCCCCUGUGAACGUGAGCUGCAACAUCUUCAUCAACAGCUUUGGCUCCAUUGCUGAGACAACCAUGGACUACAGGGUCAACAUCUUCCUGAGGCAGCAGUGGAAUGACCCCCGUCUGGCCUACAAUGAGUACCCCGAUGACUCCCUGGACCUUGACCCGUCCAUGUUGGAUUCCAUCUGGAAGCCUGACCUGUUCUUUGCCAACGAAAAGGGAGCCCACUUCCACGAGAUCACCACUGACAACAAAUUGCUGAGAAUCUCCCGGAAUGGCAAUGUGCUCUACAGCAUCAGAAUCACCUUGACACUGGCCUGCCCCAUGGACCUGAAGAACUUCCCAAUGGACGUACAGACAUGUAUCAUGCAACUGGAAAGCUUUGGAUACACCAUGAAUGACCUCAUCUUUGAGUGGCAGGAGCAGGGAGCGGUGCAGGUGGCAGAUGGACUGACGCUGCCUCAGUUUAUCCUGAAAGAGGAGAAGGACCUGAGAUACUGCACCAAGCACUACAACACAGGUAAAUUCACCUGCAUUGAGGCCCGGUUCCACCUGGAGCGGCAGAUGGGCUACUACCUGAUCCAGAUGUACAUCCCCAGCCUGCUUAUCGUCAUCCUGUCCUGGAUCUCCUUCUGGAUCAACAUGGAUGCUGCACCAGCUCGUGUGGGGCUGGGCAUCACUACUGUGCUCACCAUGACCACACAGAGCUCUGGCUCCCGAGCCUCCCUACCCAAGGUGUCCUAUGUGAAAGCUAUUGACAUUUGGAUGGCCGUUUGCCUGCUCUUCGUGUUCUCGGCUCUGCUGGAAUAUGCGGCCGUGAACUUCGUGUCCAGGCAACACAAGGAGCUGCUGCGAUUUAGGAGGAAGCGGCGACAUCACAAGAGCCCCAUGCUGAAUCUGUUUCAGGAUGAUGAGGGUGGAGAAGGCCGCUUCAACUUCUCCGCCUACGGGAUGGGCCCAGCCUGUCUGCAGGCCAAGGAUGGCAUCUCUGUCAAGGGUGCCAACAACAAUAACACCACCAACCCCCCACCUGCACCGUCCAAGUCCCCGGAGGAGAUGCGGAAACUCUUCAUCCAAAGAGCCAAGAAGAUCGACAAGAUAUCGCGCAUCGGUUUCCCCAUGGCCUUCCUAAUCUUCAACAUGUUCUACUGGAUCAUCUACAAGAUCGUUCGAAGAGAGGAUGUCCACAACAAGUGAUGGGUGGGGAGGGGGGGGUGGGAGAGGGUGGUGGGAGGAGCACAGAGGCUGGGAACCAGGGGAGGAGGGAGAGGGGGAGAGCGCACACCCAUCUCCCUCCAAGUGCAAUAGAAACCACAGGGGUGGAUACUUCCAGGGUAUGGCAAUAUUCAUCUAGCCUCCAAGGGCAUGAGGUGGUGGGGGAGCCUUUUCAUGAGGGUUAGGGUGGGGGUCAGGGAGGGGGAUUGGGGAAUCACAGCUUUCAAAAUUCAAGUCCAUGGCGGGGGGAGUCUCCUGUUUGGAGGUCAGUGCUGCCUGCCCCAGAGCAGGAAAGCAGUGUAAUAUAUGACAUAUAACUAUGCUUAACAUUAAUGCAAAACCCAUGAGAACAAAAGAUGCGUCUUUUAAAUCAGCCUAGUAACUGCUUAAACUUUUAAAGUCCCCAAAGUGAUGGACAACUUCUCCCAGAGUAGAAAUGGCCACUAACCAGCUUGCUGUGGUAUGUGCCCACAUCACGCCCUUACAAAUGACAUGUGGAUCUUCAAGCUGACCCCCGUGGACACAUGCCAAAAAGCCACUUCACCUCUGCUUCAAGAGGGUCACGUGACACAGGCGUAGGUCAUGGAGAUGGAUAAAGAUGGACCAACAGCAGGAAGUGACCGAGGAGAAGGACCAUUGCAGAAGCCUGAGGGUGGAGAAUCCAGGAACCCCCACAGGGCGCCAAGCUUGCUCCUCUUGCUUCUGCGCUUCAAUGCCAGCCCAACUCAGCGCCAGCCCUAUGGCCACCAUGGUCUUCUCGUUGUAUUACCAAUAUGCAAUCUUUUUUAUUGUUGAAAAAAGUAAUAAUCUCAAGAAAUAAUAUGGGGAGAAACUGAGUGGAAACCCAUGAACUUUUUUCCAAAUGUCUAUUUUUUUGGAGAGUCUCUUUGGGACUGCAAGCAGGUGUGUUCUGGGAAUGUGGACCUGGCUGAAACAGGUCCCAAAUGCCAGGUGGGAAUCAAGUUUGAAGAGGUGAAAGGGGGGGUCGCCGAUGCUGCUGUCGCCCAUUCUAUGUGUGGGUGGGAAGAGACCAUGAUAUUUAGAAAGUCCAUUCAUUAUAUUUUGACAUUUCAUAGAUCAUAACUUGGGAAGUUUGGGGGAAUGACCCCAUUAUAUUUUUAUAAGUCUUUUUUUUAAGAUGCUUUGCACAGCUUUAACACGUAGGAAAGUUAGACAAAUAUUUCUCUUUCCUUCUAACUCUGAAGUGCCAGAAUGGUCCCAGCCUAGCCAGGGCACUCCAGGGAAAGUGACAGGGACUGUGAUGAGCUGAACUGGAAGCGAGAGUCCUCCUGGCCGAUCUGGAUAUGCACAGAACCACUGUACCCAUGGCACGAAGCCUGUCCCAGGCCUGCGCUCCAUGGCUAGGCCCCAGGAGUGGCACUUCUGUCCUUGCACUUUACUGGCUUGGCCUUGGGUCAGAGUUAUAGGCAGGAUAGAGAUUGAUCUCUGACAAUCAGUCGGGCGCUUCGCUUGUAUCCUUCAAGCUAGGGAGCUCAAGGGCAGGAUGGAGGGGUGGGAGUGAAGAGAUGAUGUCCACUUGUCCCCUACCAUGCACUUUCCCUGGGGAGUUUUCCUCCUUUCCUUGUGGCAUUGAAGCUAGUACCAAGAUGGGUCUAAAAUAGAUGAAGCCAAGACAAAGACCAAUCGCUCUGAGUGAAGAAGAUGCACUACGCAGCCAAGAGGAUGAGACUGACUGCUGGCGCUCCUCCAGGUCUAAAGUCAGCCGGCCUGAGCCUUCCCUCCUCUUGGACUGUACCAUCCAAAAGGACAAUCCACGUUCCGGCUCAGGGUGAGGGGGCACAGGACCUUUGUUUAGGGGAAAUCUUGAGCAGUAGGAGCCCCGUGAGUGGGUGACUCUCAUCUGAGGUCUGUCUUUUCCCACCCUAAAAAUGUUCAAAGCAGGAAACAUGAAGACGGCCUUGAAUAGUUCAGGAUGAAGAUGCCAGUGUAUGGUGCUGUGAGCAUCUUCCUCGGCACAAGAGGAGGAAUCUUGUCGCUCCAAGGCUGCGCAUCUUAGGAGAGGCUGCAAUUAGCCCUCUCCAGAGGCACUUUAUUCUCUUUGUUUAGGUAACUAACAUCUGUGAUGGAAAAUAAUCAACGGAGCCCUCUCCUUACUGUGACUCCAGUCUAGGUGAAUAGGGUGACCACGGGAACAUCGGAAUCUAUGCUGAGUCACAUCUCUCACACAAAACCACCCAGCACCUUCCAAAAUGGUCUCCAUGGCAAGCAUCUGGAGUCACCCUGAGACAGAGAAAUCAAUGGACCAUUUUCCCAGUCUCAACUGGGGUCCUGGGUCCCUGUGUCAUCAUUUUGGAGUGGUCCAUUGUGAGCUGCCUGACCUGGGUGCCAAAUCCAACAAGCCAUGGGCUCACGUCUUUGAGCCAUACUGGCGAAUGUCACUGAAGCCCUUCAGACUAUAAGCAAAGAGACAGCUUGAGUCAAGCCCACGGUUAAUACACAGAGUGCUCUUGGGUACAUGUGCAAACUUUGGUCUCUCUGAAUGCACAGUGGGGAGAGUGGGAUGGCAUCUGAACUCUCCCUGCCUCUACCUGCCGUGACUCUCUGCUUACACUGGGGGUCUUCGCCCAGCCUAAAGCCCAGUCUAAAUCAAUCGUUUUGAUUUCUCAGGGCUCGGUGCAAGCAUGUAGGUUUAUGCACAGGUGCACUGACCAGCACAAUUCCUGUUGCUGCUUCUCUUUGUCAGGAAAUCUGCAAAUUUGUUUCUCCUCUUUUAAUCAAAACCCAAAAGAAGAGGAAAAGAGAAGGGAAGGAAGGAGGGAAGGGAAAGAAGGAAGGGAUUUGAACUACAUAAGUUAAGUCAAAGCUUUCAGGUGAUCCCAAUAAACAGGGCAAGGCUUUCCUAGUUCCUCUUCAGGCUGAGCACAAAUGCCUUAUGCCCUGAGAUUACAGGUGAAAAACGGAUGGUUCCGUAUAUGGAGAUCUGAUGUCCGUGCAGAGAAUACCGCACUGGUUUUGAAGCUCCUCUUCAGUACAGACUGACACUCGUGCAUAGUGUGAGCCUUGGAAAGGGGCGCAGAGGAGUGGAUGACUUCAACUCACCUCCAGAGCUGUUUAUUCUAGGAGCCAGGUGGGGACACCAACUGCCGCUCACCCUGCUAGCUUCAGGGAGUCCACUGUUUUGAGAAAUAAACGGCUCCACUCCGCCCUCUUCUGGAAUUUCCUAGCACCUGCAAGACCCUUCUUGGCAAAGGCAAUAAUGGAAAAUGUGAGAUUGUGUGUGUGUGUGUGUGUGUGUGUGUGUGUGUGUGUGUGUGUGUGUGUGACAGAAAGAGAGAGAGAGAGAGAGAGAGAGA